UGAAACACAAACAACAGGAGGAGCGAAGAGUCGAGCUCACGGCGAGUUUAGCGAUUCGGAGAACGAGCGGAGGAACAGACGAUCGGCUCGGUGUCGCACGGACACGGAGCGGGUGCAGAGGACACGCACGUACGGGUCGUAUUUGUCUGUUAGCGCGAAGCACCGGCGUGCGGACGGAGGAACGCCUGGAAGCGGCGAGUCGCGCUGGGGAAAUAAUUCAGCUGGCUAGCUAGCCUGCUAAUGCUAGCUAGCUAGCAGGCAGAAGCUCUAUUUUAGCAGAUUUUGCAUAUAUAAAUAAAGAAAUAGAGUGAAGGUGACAGGAAUGCUGAAGGUGUGCCUGUGAAGGGUCAGCCGAAAAACGAGAAGGAGAGUAAGAACUGGGGGAGAGCUUUGAGAGAAACUUCCAGCAAUAGUCUAGCGGAACUGCCCUGAAACCCUUGCUCUUGUCGAUGCUGCCGCAGUUUACUUGCAAAGUAUUGUUACAUUUCUGAAAUAUUAUUUCGUUUAUAUUCUUAAAAAUAAGAGCAGUUUGGGUGGCGUUCCCUUUCUGGAGGUGGCCACGUUAGUCUUGAUAUUCCUCCACGACUCUCUGCUUUUCCCCCUGAAUCUGGCAGCUAUUAAUCCACUCAUAUAGAGCGCUAACCAGGCCCACCUCAGCACACCGAUACAGCAGCGCUGCGUCAGCUUCCCCCGUCGCCCUGUCCUGUUCAGUCCUAGCGUUUGGACAAGAAACUUUUGAGCCUGUUGGACGUGGAGAAUAUGACUGCUGAGACGCUCAACUUCGGUCCAGAAUGGCUCCGUGCACUAUCCAGAGGAGGGAGCAUCACAUCCCCUCCUCCUUCCCCAGCAAUGCCAAAGUCCAAGCUGGCCGACUACCGCUAUGGCCGCGAGGAGAUGUUAGCACUUUAUAUUAAAGAUAAUAAGGUCCCAGAGGACAUGCAGGAUAAGGAGUUUGCUGCUAUCCUGCAGGACGAGCCACAGCAGCCCCUGGCCUUAGUGCCACUGACGGAGGAGGAGCAGAGGAACUUCUCCAUGUCUGUGAACAGUGUGGCUGUGCUGAGGCUCAUGGGUAAAGGAGGCGGGGCAGCUCCGGCCGGCGUGUCCCGAGGCCGUGGGAGCGCCCGAGGAGGGCGAGGGAGAGGACGAGGCGAGGGAGGGUUCUACCAAAGAGGCGUGGACGAGGAGCUGGGCUUUGGCCGCAGCCGAGAGAUGCACCGCAGCCAAAGCUGGGACGACAGGGGCGAGCGGCGCUUCGAGAAGCCCCUGCGGCGGGAAGGGGUGCGCGGCGGGUUCGAGGACGGCGGCGCAGGCAGGAAGGACUACGCUCGCUCCGACAGCGAUAACUGGCGCACCCUCCGUGAGGAGCAAGAGGAGGACGGGGGAGAGCCGGGGGGGAGCUGGAGGGUGGCAGGCGUCCGGCGUGACGACGGGGGUCCACGAUCUGCCGGCUGGCGAGACUACGGAAGCGGAGAAAGCCGGAGAAGGAAGUUUGACUUUGACUUCCGAGAUGGAGAUGUCAGCCGGCGGAGGUCUGGAAGCGAGGGAGGAGAGGACGACCGAGAUGGGCUGCCCGAGUGGUGCACCGAUGAAGAGGAGGGAGAGAUGGGCACCUUCGAUUCUACGGGGGCUUUCAUGUGUGUUAAGAAGACGUCGAGAGAUGCCAUCCCUGAGGACCAGGAGCUGGAGUUCGAGGCUCUAGAGGAGGAGCUGGAGGCUGGCCAGGAGAAGGACUGCUUUGUUGAGAGAGAAGAUGCUGAAUUUGCAGUCAUUUCGGAAGGAGGAGACAUGAAGGCUUCUUCUCCUGCAGCCUCUGCUCCUGCCCCCAUGCAGCCCUCAGAACAGGAGACACCCUUGCCCCCCAUUACGCUCCCCUCAAAGCCCAUCUUCCAGAUUGGUGAAGAUGCAGCUCCAGUAGGGGGCAGCAGUCAGCCAAGCCAGAAUUCCUCGGCCGCUGUGGCCUCCCCUCCCCCCACCGCUGUUACUGAACUCCCACCACCAGGGGGAGACACAGAGGAGGAGGACGGCAUGAAGCACCUUCAGCAGGAGGCAGAGAAGAUGGUUGCAUCUCUUCAGGACACUUCUCUGGAAGAGGAGUGUUUCACGCAAGCACUUCAAGAGAGCCGCAGCGCCGCCGCUCACACACACUCCCACCCUGCCUCGCACGCACAUUCCCACCCAGCCGCACACCCUCUCUCUCACUCCGCCAGCGCCUUGGCACUGAAUCACGAGUCCGCCAUGAAGUGGUUUUACAAAGACCCUCAAGGAGAGAUCCAAGGCCCUUUCAGUCCAGUGGAGAUGUGCGAGUGGUUCCAGGCAGGCUACUUCACCAUGACCCUGCUGGUGAAGAGGGGCUGUGACGAGGGAUUUCAGCCUUUGGGAGACGUUAUUAAGAUGUGGGGACGCGUGCCUUUCUCUCCAGGACCUUCACCCCCUCCCCUUCUGGGCAACAUGGAUCAGGAGUUCCUGAAGAAGCAGCUGGAGCAGGCGGCCACUGCUGCCCUCUACCAGCAGCUCCAUGUGAGGUUCCAGCACUUGAACAGGUGUGGGGACUCGGGGAUGUUGCCUGCAAUGAACAGGUCCGUGUCUGUGCCGGAAGGAGGGCCCAUGUGGGACAUGCAUACCUCAUCCUCACAGCCGCCAGGCAGCGAGGCCGGUCUGUGGGACUUAACCAUGAGUAACUCACCUCAGGGUCCAACUCUCGAGCAGCUGCAGAAACUCCAGCAAGAGAGGCGUGAAGCUGAACUCAGGGUGAAGAGGGAGGAAGAGGAACGGAAGCGUCGAGAGGAGAAGAGGAGGCAGCAGGAGGAGCAGAAGAGGAGAGAAGAGGAGGAGCUGUACAGAAGGAAGCAGCAGUGUCGUCAGCAGGAGCUCCUUAUGAAGCUGCUCCAGCAGAGCCAGCAGCAGCAGGCGGCGCAAGGGGGCUCCGCCUGGAGCAGUGCCCAGGCAGGGUCUCUGUCACUGGGCAAAGCUCAGGGGAAGAACAUGGGUCUGCUGGAGCUGGAGGCGGAGAGACAGCACAAACAGCAGCAGCAGCAGAGAGCUCAGCAACAGCAGAGGCUGGCGAUGGGUCAGUGGGGUGACAGCGCUGUGGGCAUGUGGACAGGGCCGAGUUUGGAGGGAAAAGUUGGCAGUGCCAGCGCCGGAGGCAUGGGCAUGUGGGACGAGGCGCUGAAGAACCAGGCCAACCAUCGUAACAUGGGCAUGAAGAACAGCCACAGCAGCCCCUCACUCAGUGAGCAAUACAUGCUGAAUCGUCGGAAGAGGACCGAGGAAGAGGAGCGUCUGCUGAAGCUGUUGCAGGGAAUGAAGCCUCAGGACGGCUUCACCACGUGGUGUGAACAAAUGCUGCACGCUCUCAACACCUCCGCCAACAGCUCCUCCUCUGUGGAUGUGGCCACCAUUGUGGCGUACCUAAAGGAGGUGGAGUCGCCUUAUGAGGUGCACGACUUCAUCCGCUCAUAUCUGGGCGACACCGUUGAAGCCAAAGAGUUCGCCAAGCAGUUCCUGGAGCGCCGUGCCAAGCAGAAAGCCAACCAUCAGAGACAGCAGCAGCAGCUGUCGAAAGAGGUUGCCGGGCUGAAUAUGAACUUCCCAUUGCAGUCCAUGUUCCAGGCAGCCCAUGUGAAUAAAAGUAGCAGCAUGUAUGACAGUCAGGCGGCAAAGAUGAAGAAGAAACCCAGCAUGAUGCUGCACUCCGAUCCCAGCAUCCUUGGCUAUUCGUUCCUGGGCUCCAGCGAGCGGAUGAUGCUGGGCGAGAUGGAGGCGGUGGAGGAUUACUGAUCCAGCAGAAGAAGAAAAUAAACCCUACUUGAGUCUACCUGAGGCCUUAACCUGGAGCAAAUUAGCAGAUGAAUGUGCACUGCUCAGCGAGAGAGAGGGCGAGCCACACACGUCUAACACUCUCCCUCUCUCUCUCUUCUCCUCUGUCUCUCUGUCUUACUUUCUCUUCCUCCAUCACCCAGCAGAGGAGUGAAUGACGGGAGGAACGGAGGGGGCGGUGUGUUUCACACCUCUUUCAGAAAGCACCUUAAACUAAGCUAUUGCACUUUAUUACCAGAGUUUCAAUAUUUGAAAUUUUGUGUGAAUUUUUUUUUAGAUAUAUAUAUAAUGCAAAAACGUGUGAAUACAUUGUUGCAUAUAUUAUGUGUAGAGUAUUUGUAUACAAAUGCGAGCGUACACGCAUCGGGAAGGUCCGGAGCGCCCAGCUGGAAGGCUGGUGGUGGUUGAGGGGUGGGGGAGAGAGAGAGAGAGAGAAAUCCUGUUGAAAGACAAACACUGUUGUAAUUUUUUUUUUUCUUAUGAAAGGUAAAGCUAUAAAAAUAUGAGUUUGAAAACUUGAAGAUUUGCACUUGUUUAAAAAAAAAACAAAAACAAAAAACAGGUUAGAUUAGGUUUUUUUGGUUAGUAUGAUUGUAAUCGAGUGCAAGUGUGGUAAUGUGAAGAAAAGUCUGCACAGAGUUUAUUACGGACGUGUAUAAAAGAAAUGCCAUGUUUUUAUUUUGUUCAGUGGAGGUUUUGUACUUGGUCGAGCUUGUAUACUAAAGGCUGAACGUGUGCGUGCGUGAGAGGCGACUGUGCGCGAUAGCUCACUUGUAAAUAGGUUCGGAUUGAACGGUGAAACAUCGCGUGGCCAGCGCUCUGAGGCCGUGGCUGCAGUUCCACCCACGGCCUGUGGGGGCGGUGUUUUGCGUGUUCUGUCUGUGGUGCUGUAUCGGCCUUUUUGCCUCCGUUUUCGGAGGCAGUUUGGGUCUGUGGGAGCGUGUUGGAUAUUUAUAGUGUAGCUUUUCUGUUUUUCCAACACCAUAAGACUGUAACUGCAUUAUUAAAUCCCCCUGUUGUCAUUUUUUUGCCCCCCCCCCUCCAUUUAACUCUCGACAUGGGUCCUUCUCGGCGAGGACGAGACGUGAACUUUAUUGCCUUUUGCGCAGUACGAGUGCGGAUGUGUGUGCUGGUUUGAUGGCUGGUGUCCAGCCAUUCGCCAUGACGCUGUGAUCUGGAUGUACGUGGGUGUGAAAGCGACUUGUGUUACUCUUUUCAUUGGGGGGGGGGGGAGAAAAGAAACGAUAAGAUUUAUUUUUUUAUCGUUACAUAAAAAGUAUUUGAACUUGUAUAAUUUGGAGCACUUUUGAGGCUGCUACCUUAUUGUAUUUUUGUUUUUUUUCUGUGUUUUAUUCCUUUAUUUUUCGUUGUUUUUGCCUCUUUGGGAAGUAUAUUACAAAUGAAUGUAUUCCUAAACAAAGCAAAGUGUAUGACGGAGGCCAGACUCCACCCGUCUCUCCACUCGCGCGAAGGACCGCCGGGAGAAAGACGGAAAGACGACGUGGUGGUUCGUGAGAAUGCGGAGUGUCUCCUCCUGCUGUUUCUUCCAUAAGUUUUCUCCAGCAGCAGGAACACGGCACAUCCGGACCGCCGGACCCGAGGAGGGUCUACAGCAUGGCCUACAGAGCCAAGAACCUGCGGGGUGUAGCAUUAGACGUACUGAUGUUUGGUUAUUUUUGUUGUGUUUUCUGACAGAAAUUAAGGAUUUUUUUUUUAUUUAUUCUUUUUGCUUUGACAAAUUUUGAAUUUAGAUGUUUUUUUGUUUUUUUUUUCCGAGAGAGAAAUUAAGGAUUAAUCCUUGUUUUCUUUCAGAUCUGCUGAAAUUAAUUUUUAUUUUUGGCUUUUUGCUACUUUCUGACAAACGUUUUAGUUUUUUUUUUUUUUUUUUUUUUUUUUUUCUUCGAAUGUUUUUGUUUGUACCUUUUUUGAAUUCGGCCCAGUUCUUCACAAAAGACGAGAAGACAGACUCUUGAAGACGAGGGCCGAGGAGUUAUCGGUACUUAAUCUAGAGGAAGCAAUCCAGGCUUUAAGCGUAUUUUGCCCUUCGUCCUCGCUCUCGAUCCUGGAUUAUAUUUUUGCAAAAUGGAAAAAGAAAAACACACUUUAUCGAGCAGGAAUACGAGGAAGUGACGGAGAAAAGCAGCCGAUUAAGCUGAGCGCUCCUCAGGAGGACGAGGUUGCCUCGCUCUCGCCUCAGAGCCUCCGUUUCUGGAGAGAUGGACUUGUACUUUGUCCUUUGUCAAAUGAAGGAAAAUCCUACGCCAUUCCAGAAAAAUGGUUGGUUGAAUGUUUGACAAAAAACCCCUUUAUAAUAGAGAGAGAAAUAUUUUCAAAUUGCCUUUCAGAAAAAAGUUUAGUGUGUGGGGGAAAAACUGCUUGGCCAGUUGUUGAGCCCUGAGCCUUUAGACUGGUCAGAAACAUGAAUGUUUGGAUUCGGAUGCAGGAAGAACUUCCAGCCAUUCCACAUUCGUUCUCGUGGACUAAAUCCCAGAGACUGCGGUCGUCAGUUUCAUUCCUCGAGGAGGAGGUAGAUUUCCACAACGAUGUGAUCGGCUUACAGCAUCGCAGGAGAUGUGGAUUAUAAACCCCUCAGGACCCGAGCAGGAAGAUCAGCUCUCUCGGGGGCGUGGCCUCUGCUCUGAAGCUCCAUUCUGCCCUCCGGUGGCCAAUGGAUAUAAAGACUUCACGCCAGGAAUCAGAUGCCAUUCGCCCAGCCUGAGCGAGACUGAACCUUGAAGCCUCUCUCUGUCGUUUCUCUCAUACAUGCUUUUCCCUCUUCUUCUCUCCUUUAAGAGACUCCUUUCUCGGACUAGUCCUCAGCCGCUCCGUGUUUUUGCUGUAACCUGGCUCCUGUUGAACCUGUACGAGGUAGUCAGUCCUCUUAAUGACUUCAGGUGUGUUGGGAAAUGAGUGAAAGCAAAAAUGAGGAGGACUCUGAAGACCGCUGCAGUAGACCACUCUUUUCAGACUGUUCCUGGCAGAGUGAAGCUACGAGAGCCCUCUUUACACCUGGUUGUUUUGUUUUGCUUCCAGCAAGAUGCAGUUAGAUUGAGGUGUGAUUUCUGUUUGUGGGGCAAUAUGCAAAUCUGGUCAUAUACAGCCAAUCAGCCAAUCACCUGUGGUGUUUUUAGUUUUUCGUUUUCUAUUCAGAAUAUAGUCACGUUAAUCCGUCUUCCUCGCGCCAGUGUUUACAAGACGGCCGUGUAAAAUAACCAGCCUCCUGCAUCGGUCGUUGCGGUCCUGAACUAUGUGCCUCUGUUUAGUAUCAGCAGCCGAGGGGACUUCGUUGAUCUACGUGUGGAGUAGCGGAGGGAGGACUCACCCGGGCGGAUGCCUUCACGCUCGAGCAGCCUCUGGUUAGAAUGCGGCUCCUCCUGAAGUGGUUUGAGCGUUUUAACUGCAUCUUGGCUUUACACUUAAAUUUUAAUGUGGAUGUUCUCUGAUAUUUAAGACCUACACCACGGAUAAGCGCCAGUAAACGCGGCGUACAAACUAAAGCUUGGCCCCUGAGAGUCGGGACAGGUGUCUCGUUUCGGAUGAAACCGCCGCCGUUCCUCGGUCUCCUGCCGUUUUAUCUAAAGUACUUCAGUUUGUUUUCAAGGCAGUGGACACAGGAACAGCCGUCCUUUUGGGAUUAAGCCCAAAGUGUCAGAUUUCUGCACUUAUCCGAAUAUUCGAGUAGUCAUGUAAACAGCACGGUCCGAUUAAGAAACCUGAUGAAGAGGCUGGAUUUUUCCACAGUCGUCGGAUUUCUGGGUUCUUGUGAACUCUGACUUCUUUCGGAUUUCUCAGUCUGCAUGCGUAAAGUCAGACGCCGGUUCCAGCCGCAUUACAGCAGAACACUUUUGGAGCGGCGCUUCAUGACGAAUGCUCAUAUUUCCGGGUAAAUCCGUGCGUCACAUCUGAGUUUAUUGGCUGGCUGAUUCUGUAGACCUGGAGUUUCCCCAUUAUCUGAUUGCUCAAGUGCAUGUAAAGGCGCUGAUUGGAUUACUGACCAAAUCAGAUGUUCUACAGUUAUUGGAUUAGGGGCACGUAAACGCACUCGGUGACGACGGUCGUGGACCGGCUGGCACUGAAGAGUGAACGACUAAGAUUUUCCAGAUUUAGGUCGGAGGGCCGAGUGUACCCGAGGCACGAGACGCUGAAGUGACGACUUGUUCAGAUUUUCUCGUCCCACCUGAAAUGGUGCAGCAGGUACAUUCAGGCCUGUGCAGGUGCCAGAAUGUAAUUGCUGCUCCGUUUAAGGUGGAACAGAAAAUCGGAUCUAAAAAAAGCUCCUUAAUGAGAACCGAACUUGCUGAAUUUCGAAUGCUACACAAAUUGAGCGCCGGGCUGGCCGAGCUGAAGAGAGCCGUGUUGACAGGCUUGUACGUUCAUUUUUCUCAGCUUAGUUUUUAUUUUUUGCGAAAGAAAUCUUUACUUUAAAAGUGUUUUUUAUUAGAGAAGUGAUGUCACAGAAUAAUUACUGCUACAGAAAUAUGUUCACUGAAACAUCUCAAAUGACUCAAACUUAAGUUUUAAUUAUACCGUGAUUUAGACCUUUUUUGUAGUGCCAUUCAAUACAAACCAGGUGUAAACAGGGUCUGUGUGUGUGUGUGUGUGUGUGUGUGUGUGUGUGUGUGUGUGUGUGUGUGUGUGUGUGUGUCUGUGGAGAGGCUAUGUGUGUGUGUGUGUGUGUCUGUGGAGAGGCUACGUGUGUGUGUGUGUGUGUGUGUGUGUGUGUGUGUGUGUUUGGCACUGGAUGCCGUGUAAAUAAUGUAAAUGAUCACCAUCCCUCUUUCAGUUUGUCUAUUUUUCCCCCUUUUGGUUUGUUUUUCUUGCCUUAACUGUACAGAAUAGAAAUACAAUGGACAGUUUUAGCUGAACUCGCUGAUCCGCACUCAUCAGAUCGAGCAGAUUCUCUUCUGUGUACAGAGCUCAUCUCCAGUACGUGUUCCCCACUCGUCACAGUGUGUGUCUGAGUCUGGAGCUGGAGAACGCCACACCCUGCCGUGGAACCGAGCUUCCACGUUGCUCUGUAUGUAUCGUUCCUAUGUUUAACGUGAAGCGGAUUUUGAAACAUACGGACUGAUGACUCCUGACGUAUUAUCAAGUUUGAAAGAUAAUAUUAGCGUUAAGAAAAUGAAAGGACCGAUGUAGACCUCCCUCUGGAAGAGCCAUCAGACGAGUGGACGCCAGGGAGGGAGGGCAGCCCGGUGGAUAAGCGCGAGUAGGUUUUUUUUUUUGUUUGUUUUUGUUUUUUUGAGAAGAUCAAAAUAUGUUAAACUGAUAAUAAAGUUUUUAAAUGCUGGCUUUUGCUUUUGUCCAUU